AUGGGACAAACGCAAGAGCAGCAACAACAACAACAGGCCCCUGUUGUCGAGCAGGCGAUCGAGCCGCAACAACAGGAACAACCACAACAACCCCCUGCGGUCGAGCCAGAGAUCACGCCGGCACCGCCCGCGUACUCGCCCCGGGCCACAGACGAAGUUCAGGAUGCCAGCCAACCUGCGGCCAACCGUGGCCCCGCGCCGGUACAGCAGAUUCCAGCAACCCUCGACAAGCCUCUUCCCCAGCCCAACAUGGCAACAACACAACAACAACAACUACACCCAGUCCCGGGCGUCACGCCGUUUCACCAGCUAGGGGACCAACCGCAAUGGGUCGACUGCCCAUUUUGCCGAACUCGGGCCUUGACGAGGGUACAGAAGGAGGGCUCGCCGAUGCAGGUUGUCGCUGGUGUAUUGUGCUGCUUGCUCUGCGUGUGCCUUGCCUGCGUGCCGUGUGUGGCUGGUUGGUUUGAGACGACAACUUUCUUCUGCUCACGGUGCAACGCUAAGCUGGCCAUGCGCUCUGAUAGUGGCCACCUUGAGGUAUACGGCCCAACGGUGCCUUCCAAGUUUGCCUGA